UUUCAUCCAUUCUUUCAUGUUUAUUUGGUUGUUUACAUCUCCAACUGUCAUUGGUGCAAUCAUGCCCGUUUAGGUAAGUAGUAAAAGCGAUGUCCAGUGGUUGAUAGUCUUCGAUUCAACGAGAGCUAAAGAUAAGAAGAACAGGACUGGCUUGCUGGAGAAAUUGCGCCACGACUUUAGCAAGCAUACGGCCAGGUUGAUCGAAGUUUCUGAUUCUGUCGAGCAUGGUUCAUUCUCCGGCCUAGCUCAAGCGGUACAAAACGCUCUCCUCGCCCAUCUCGAUAUCCUUGUUGGGACAUGGGAAGCUUCUUUAAAUGGAUCUCGUGCCAAGUACACAGAAUCAAAUUGGAAUCUGUCUUCAUAUUGUUCGUCAACGAUGGAAUACGCUCGAUUGUAUUGGAGUCUUGGUGCCCUAGACCAUGCCCUUACCAUAUAUGAUGAGCUUGAUGCAUUCCUCCUGAGCAUCGUGGCCGAAAUGUGUGGAGUUGAGGCUGGACGUGAACCGCGGUGGGUUGUUUCAUUGCGAAGUGGGGCAUUGCCGUUUCGUUCCCUUUACUCUUCAUUCGAACAGGCAAAGCUUGACUGUAAGAAGGAUCACGGUUUAGUAGCCAUUCGACAUUUCCUGUUGGCACAACAAAUAUUGCUCAGCCUCCACAUGUAUCACGCACGACAUCGCUCACGAGGAGCUCCACCAUCUAUAAGAGUCGAUUUUGCUACAUUGAUACUACGGUAUGCAAGGCAUGUAAUUACUACCGCGGCAGAUCAGUCACGAAUGGCUUUGGUAGGUAUACUUUUCUUUUCGCAUGUACAUACGCGAUUUUGUUAA